AUGGCCUCCUCAAACAAUGACAUACCAACACCAGUCCCGUUCCCUCGCCCCGAUGCCACGCAGACCACGCCGCCGUCAACGAGCGCCACUCCGACAACACCCGUCGCAAAGCGGUCGCGCACGUCUACCAAUGCGUCUACCAAUUCAGUCACCAGUCGUAUCCGUACCGCGAGUAUAAAGGCUAUGGAAGCUGCGCCACCGCCUGGCAUGUGGGCAGCUACAGGCUCUGUGACCGCGAAAGCGCCUACGCUGGCAGAGAUCAGGGGCGGUCACUUCGACGAGUCGGGCUGGAAGGAGGAGCCGCAGCGGAUGAAGGCGGAACGAAGAGGAAGCAAGAACGAGAUCAAUGCGCGGUCUCUGCAAAGAACGGGCAGCAAUCUGCAGGACCUCGUCGAGCAUGGAAGCGAAGAUCGACCGCCGGUGAACACUACGCAGACAAGUCCGUCUGAUAAGCUCAAGUCGCAAGGCGCGCAGCAGUCUGUUGAGCCGUUCCCUACGUUGACGGAGGAAGAUAUGAAUGCACAUCUUCCGCAAGAGCAGGCUCCUCCCUACGACAUAUCACAAGCACCAAGCUACGAGGACGCUGCGAAGGAAGACUUGAAGGAUGGGUCGAAGAUCAGAGGAAAGGGCAAGUCGAGUAGUGACAAAUCUAAAGAAGAGCCGCAGCAUGUAUGUUUGUUUCGAAACUCCUCUACUACAAAUCUGACCAUGCGACAGUACGCCAACGGCUAUGUACCUCCACCAAAGCUACCAUGGACAACCUCGACCGUCAUCGGGCUGAAAGCCUUCUGGAAGUGGUUUCUCACAAUUCCGGGCUUUCUCAUCACACUGUACGGUUUGAACGUGGUGGCCUGGGGCGGCAUGCUCUUCCUUCUCCUCUGCAACGCUGCACCCGCCAUGUGCACCCCAACGUGCGACGACAUCCAGUCUCCGCGACGAAUAUGGGUCGAGAUCGACUCGCAAAUCCUCAACGCACUUUUCUGCGUCACCGGCUUUGGGCUUGCGCCAUGGAGGUUUCGCGACUUAUUUUGGCUGGGAUACUGGCGUCUCGGUGGCGCGACGCGCAAACAGAUCGGCAUGAGGAGGCUCGCAGGCAUACAUCGUGGAUGGUUCCGCUUGCCUGGCUCGCAGGAGCUGCCGGAAGAUGCGGACGCCUCGACUGUGAACCCGGAUGAUCCCGCUGUGCCGAUACCCGUCUCGAAAAUCCCCGAUCCCCCGCCCACGGGUAUGCGCGCGCCGCCUACCAAGGGCUGGAAGAUGGACUUCGUGGUGUGGAUGAACGUGUGGAACACUUUCUUCCAGGUCGUGCUGUGCUUUUACAUGUAUAACUACAACAGGUACGAUCGCCCGUCAUGGGCAACGGGCCUCUUCGUCGCGCUGGGCUGUGUUGUCGCAGGUGUAGGAGGCAUCAUGAUGCACAUCGAAGGCAAAGCUGUGAAGAAGGUCGAAGGCGUACCCAUGCCUGAAGGUGGAUACCAAGGUGUACCGGGAGAUGCGGAAGCUCAGCCUCUCCAGACUGGCAGGUAG